GUAGCAUCCCACUGCUGUCUUGUCACUAGGCCAAGGGAACACAGCAGCACACUCUUCGUACUUCCUGACUGUACCUUUCUCUCUCUCGCUCUCCUUCCGCUCUCCCUAUCUCUUCACCUCUCUCUCUCUAUCUCUGAGUUUUUGUAGGAGAGGGAUGUCCAGCCUCUCAGGUCCAAUCUGUUAGUGUAGCGAUGGGGCCUAGACUAGCUAAUUUCUUGGCUGUAAUCAGAUUAGCAGGCACUGAGCAGCUUUAGUUAGCCCCUGUCUCCCUGCAUGCCUGCAACCUGUCUAGUUAGCCAGUUAGCUAUUAGCGUUAGUGCUGGAGGAGACUAGAGGGGAGCUGUCAAGAGACUCAGCCUAGCGUCGUAGCCACAGCCUCGACGCUCCACUCAAACACUACACUGCCGACGCUACUACGUACUACUACUCCUGCUCAGCUCACUUCCUCUCCUGUCUUUCUGUCCCUGUCUCUCUCUCUCUCCCGUGCUGCUCAUCCCGGGGCAGUUACUGACUGCCUUUGUUUCUCUGCAUCACCUUGCAGUCAGUUGCCUGCCUGUGGGUUGGACCUCAGCACUUCUCACUUUUUCUCUCCAGCUCUCUUUUUAUUUCAAUCUGUCCGCUGUACCUACCUGGUCUUGCAAAAAUGUAUCGGAGCGCAAACCCAUGGAUCUCAAACUACCUGAGCCAUGUCAAGUUCUGCGGCCAAGAACUUGGGAGUGAGACCCCCAUCAAACUUGGGAAGGCAAGACUUUUACAGAAGAGGGCUCUUAGCUUCCAGAAAGUGUUCUUGUUCGAAGAGAAAAACACCCUGGCCAAGAACACCAAGGAUAUAGAUGUAAAUCUCUUGGCAAGCCUCCCUAAAGUUUCAGAAUUGAGGAAGCGUUUUGAAGGCAUCAGCCCAAGCACUAGCUGUGACUGGGAAAUGAACAGGAAGGAGAGGAUUGCCCGGCGGUUGGAGGGCAUAGAGAGCGAAGUGCAUCCCGCCAUAUUACCCAGCUGCCCAGGCCUGGUGACCAAUCAGCUGGUAGAGGAAGACACGCCCCGUUAUACACGUGCCUCGGACACCUGUGACCCCUGUGUUGUCACAGUACAACGUUACAGUAAGGAGGACAUGGAGAGUCCAGAGAUGAUGACCCAUCAGCUGGUCACUGCUCCAGAGAGGCAGUCCAGAGCCCGGUGCAGACCCGAGGAACAGACCCAGACCGUACUCACCGAACCCACAGACCCCUCUGGUUCCGACCUUGACUCCAAGGUGAAGCGGAUCGCUCGCUACAAGGCAGAAAGGCGUCGCCAGUUGGCCGAGCGCUAUGGUAUCUCGCUGGACCAAGAGCCAGGCACCACUGUCACCGACCACUUCUCUUCCCGAUACGGUGCCUCCUGUGGACUCAAGGAGUUGGCUUCUUCCUCUGAGAGGCAACAGGGCUACACACACCCAGAAACACGCUGCAGGGCAGAGUCUGUGGGGGACGAACACUCCUACACAUCCAGUAGAUCCAGGGUGGGUAGAGUGGCCCCCCCACCACAGGGCUAUGGCAAGCCUGACCAGGGGCGACCCAGGGUUGACUCGUUCACAGAGAGGGAGAGGGUGGAGAACCUGGAGAACCAGCGCAGGGCGGCUCAGCAGGAGAGGAACAUCAAAGCCCCCGAGCCGCAGCCGCCAUCUUCCUCCACCUACAUGGAUGUGACAUCGUCGACCUCUGCCAAAGUGCCCGUUGCUAAGCACAACACCAUCAUGGGGUUGCCUCCUAGCUCACCCAAGACUGGCCGGAAGUCCUUGCUGCCCUCACCCAAACAGGAGGUGUCCCCUGGGGACCUGUUCAUAGAGCAACAGCCCCACAACAUCCUCAGCAGACAGGGAAUAAGAGUUAGGGACAGACUGGCCAGGGAGGAGGGAGUUCGAAAGAGGAGUCCAGAGCUGGGCCACCAUGUCCACGAGGCCCCCCUGUACAGGAGACACCCCCAGAUCACCACCCGUUCCACAGCCUACCACCACCAUGACCCCCAGGCUCCGGCGUAUUCCACCACUGACUCUCCAGGCCCCAAGUCCUACUCUCACCACCAGCCUCAGCUCACCCGUUCUGGGCAGAGUGAUGACCCCAGCUAUCUGUCCAUGACUACUGGCCCCGGUUCCGGGGCACAGCAGCCCCAACAGCCUCUGCCAGAGGAGGAAAAGGAGAUGGAGGGAGAAGUGGAAGAAGAGGAGAAGAAGAGGGGAGCCCCUAGGGAGGGCAGACAGGAGGUGAAGACUGAGGGACUACUGAAGAGCAGGAAAGCUGUGCUGCCAUCAGAGAUCAGAGGAGUCCAGGGAGUGGGACAGGGGAGGGAGGCUGAGCCCAGAGGAGGGUACAUGGAAAGAGGGGGAGAGAGACCCAGGAUGAGAUGGGAGGAAUCGGACACAGACCACGAACCAAUCAGACCUACGGAACAACCCAUGACCCGCCUGCAGGCCGCCGAGGUCAGAGCAGAGCUCAGAGCCUCCAGAGAGAAGGGCCAACAACUGUGGAGUGACAACGCCAUCUACCUCCAGAGAGGCGUUGCCCCCGCCUCUACCCACAUCCAGAACAGGGGAGGAGGCCCAACUGCCACCACCAUGACCACUGAUGCCUUCAUCUCCUCCAUCCGCUCCUCAUCCGACACUGGGCCCCAUGGGGCCCCUAGAGGCUCCAUCCCCAGGGCCCAGGAGCCAUGGUCGUUCAAAGAGGCAGCAGGCCUGCAGAGGGGGGCCAUUGAAUAUGGGAUCAGAAAUAGAGACCAGAGACCACUAGAGACCAGGGACGCUCGUAUCUCUGUGGCCAAGCUUCGUCACUCCUACCUGGAAAGUGCUACGACUGCUACUGCCCCAGUCGUCAGGAAACCUGAGCUAGAGGAGGAACUAAAGUGGGUGCACCCAGGGGGGACGGAGGUUCCCUGGAGAGGGGUGCGGGACAAUGCAGUGGUCCCAUGGAGGGGGGACAGGGACAGGGGGCGCAGGCCCAGACUCUCUAUCUCACCUGGAGAGAGUAGAAUGACCUCAGAGAGGUUUAGGACUCAGCCCAUUACCACUGCUGAGAGACACCGGUCUGAUAGGUCUUGUUUGAGCCCAGAUCUACCAAGCACUGAAGCCGAUGAAGAGAAAUUGGAUGAGCGGGCCAAGCUGAGUGUUGCAGCCAAGCGUUCUCUCUUCAGGGAGUUGGAGAGGAACACGGAUGGGGGCUCCCCAAAACCCCCAUCACGGAACGUGGCCAUGGAGAGGCGACUGAGACGCACCCAGGACCGCUCCCAUACCCAGCCAGUCACUACUGAGGAGGUGGUCAUUGCUGCCACCCUGCAUGCGUCCUCACAGGAGAGUGCUCCAGCCAGGGAGCAGGCCAGGCAGACCCAUAAUGCACCAGAGGUCCAGAGAGAGGCCCAGCGGACGUCCUCCAAGCUCCUCCAGACUUCUUCUCCUGAGGAGAACCAGCCCCAGACCCAGAAUCAUCAGGGCCAGGGGGAUGCUGAGCCGGAUCUGUCCACCUUAAGCUUGGCAGAGAAGAUGGCUCUGUUCAACAGGCUGGCCCAGCCAGCCACCAGGGUGAUCCGCAACAGGCCGGACAGCAGGGGGCGCAGGGCCAACGCCCGUUACCAGACCCAGCCCAUCACCCUGGGAGACCUGGAGCAGAUCCAUAACGGGGCCAAGUUGGGGCAGCUAUUCUCAUCUGCCCUCAGACCUGGGGCCACGGUCGCCACAGACCACGCAGGGGUCAUCAACUUAGCCACUGGGGGCGGGGGUAGCCCAGCAGAGGCACCCAACCCUGGGUACUACGAAAGGUCCAUCCCCCACCACCCUAGCCCUCCCACCCAGAUCACAGAACCCUCCAAUGCCGUCUGGAGGUCUGUGCCUGGCCCCCACCACCAAGCCUCUCUGGAUCUCCAGGCGCACCAGUCUGACACAACCACCAUCCUCCCCCAGGGAGAGGAGGGCGAUCUGUGGGGAGGGAAGAGCAAGUUGCCCUCUCCGGAGGGAGGUGUCAGAGAGGCCCCCAUGCCUCAGUCCUGGUCUGGUGAGAGGGAGUGGGAGGAGGAGCAGCGUUUGGCCAGGAUGGGUGAGGGUGUGGAGCCCCAGCGUUUGUUGAAGGGGACAGAGACUGGUGGUGGUGGUCUCCACCAGGACCACAGGCAGCACCAGGAGCAGAGGGGCUAUCUGAGACAGUCAUCAUUAGACUUCCAGGACCCAGACGGACACAGAUCAAAGGUCAUCAGCACUGAGCUGCCAGACUCUAGUGUGUCAUCAUCGAGAGCAGCAGAGCAGCUAAGGAGUGCAUCUCUCUCUCCACACACACUGCUGCCUCAGGCUCGGGAGCUGGGCGGGGCGGACACACACACGGACGGCAGCAGUGGUCUGGGACACGCACACAGCCUGGUCCAGUCUGAGCAAGAGGACAUAGAGCUCUCAGAAGCCAUGUCGGCUAGACAGAUGUCCAUCAAAGACAGGCUGGCCCUGUUGAAGAAGAGUGGCGAGGAGGACUGGAGGAACAGGAUUAAUCGGAAGCAGGAUGUGGUGAAGGUGGCCGUGUCAGAACAUCAUGCUCAGCUAUGGGAGGUGGAGCAGAGCUUCAAGAAGAAGGAAGAAGGGAUGCUGAUUAAUGAGUUGGCUGUGUCUGAUCAGCUCUGGCAGAGGAUGGGAGGGGGAGAGGAGACUACGGAAAACCAGAACCAGCCUAUUGAGAUGUCUAUCCAUGAGAGGAAGCAGCUGAUCGUGGCCCGAGAAGAGGCCUGGAAGUCCAAGGGCCACGGGGCCGCUAACGACUCCACACAGUUCACUGUGGCCGCGCGCAUGGUCAAGAAAGGUCUGGCUUCUCCUUCUGCUCUCUUGAACCCUGUGACGUCUCUCCCUUCCAAACCUAAGAACACCACUCCUGCCAUCUCCAAGCCCCUGGAAGAGAUCGAGGCCAAACCGGACAUGAACCUGGAGUCGGACAGGAAACUCGAUAAGCUGGACUCUUUCUUGAGCAAGUUGAACAGUAAAGGAAUCCUGCAGGAAUCCACCAUCACAGUGACGAAGAAGACGGUCAAAGAUGUCAUGAAUCUGGAUGAUGAGAUGUUCGACAAGUUUUACCGCCACAUGGCCGAGAUGCCCCUCAACAUGAACAGCAAGGUGGACAUCAAUGACGACUUUGACGACAUCUUCGGUGGUACCCAGAUGCCCAAGCUGACCUCAGCCAUGGUGGAGCACAAGCGGUCGGUGCGUCCAGUGCGCAACGUCCAGUCGUCCAGGAACCCUCUGAAGAUGCUGGCGGCCAGAGAGGACAUCCGACACGAGUACACAGAGCAGAGACUCAACAUUGGCCUGCUGGAGAGCAAGAGGAUGAAGCAAGAGAAGAUGAAUAAAAAUAGUGGAUUCUCUGAGGUGGCUCUGGCGGGUCUGGCCAGUAAGGAGAACUUCAGCAGUGUCAACCUGCGUCGUGUCAACAUCUCCGACCAGAUGUCCAACAACAGCGCUGUGCCCUACAAGAAACUCAUGCUCUUGCAAGUUAAAGGCCGACGGCACAUCCAGACCAGACUAGUGGAGCCCAGAGCAUCCUCUCUAAACAGCGGGGAUUGCUUUCUGCUCAUCACACCCCAUCACUGCUUUGUCUGGACCGGAGAGUUUGCCAACGUCAUCGAGAAGGCCAAGGCUGCUGAGCUGGCCCAGUUCAUCCAGACCAAGAGAGACCUGGGUUGCCGUGCCAAUUAUGUAGAGCUGAUCGAGGAGGGUAUCAACACACACAGCUACGCUGCCAAGGAGUUCUGGAAGAUUCUGGGUGGACAGAUCAGCUACCAGUCCGCAGGGACACCAGACGAGGAUGAGCUGUAUGAGAGCGCCAUCGUAGAAACCAAUUGCAUCUACCGCCUAGUGGACGACAAACUGGUCCCCGAUGACGACUUCUGGGGGAAGGUUCCCCGAUGCACGCUGCUCAGCCCCAAACAGGUGUUGGUGUUUGACUUUGGCAGUGAGGUGUACGUGUGGCACGGUAAGGAGGUGACUCUGGCCCAGAGAAAAGUUGCCUUCCAGCUGGCUAAACACCUGUGGAACGGAACCUUCGACUACACAAACUGUGACAUUAACCCCCUGGACCCUGGAGAGUGCAACUCACUCAUACCCAGGAAAGGCCAGGGCCGUCCAGACUGGGCUAUGUUUGGAAGGUUGACGCAACACAACGAGACCACCCUGUUCAAGGAGAAGUUCCUGGACUGGACAGACUCCAAGAAGAAAGGUACCAUCAAGAACGGCCAUGAGCACCUCAACGAAAACAACAAGGAGCAGCAGAGCCCGGAACAGAACAUGAUGCGGGCCUAUGAUGCCUCCCUGAUGCUGCCAUUGCUCCAGACCCCGGUUCGUACGGUGUUGGAUGGGGUGGACCUGGGCCGGGGCUAUGGCCCGGUGGCGGGGGAUGACCGCAGGCACUUUGAGAUCAGCACCACCGCUGUGGACAUCUGGCACAUACUAGAGUUUGACUACAGCCGGCUGCCCAAGCAGAGCAUCGGACAGUUCCAUGAGGGAGACACCUAUGUGGUGAAAUGGAAGUACAUGGUGAGCACAGCAGUUGGGAAGAGGCAGAAUCCGGAUGCGGUGAGGAGCGCAGGAGCUGGGAAGGAGAAGUGUUCCUAUUUCUUCUGGCAGGGACGGAAUUCUACCGUCAGUGAAAAGGGGACGUCAGCGCUAAUGACUGUUGAACUGGACGAGGAGAGAGGAGCACAGGUCCAGGUGCAGCAGGGGAAGGAGCCUCCAUGUUUCCUUCAGUGUUUUAAUGGAGGGAUGGUGGUCCAUGCAGGGAAGAGAGAAGAGGAGGAAGAGAACUCACAGAAUGACUGGCGGUUGUACUGUGUGCGGGGGGAGGUCCCGGUGGAGGGCCACCUGCUGGAGGUAGCAUGCCACUGCAGCAGUCUGCGCUCCCGGACCUCUAUGGUGCUUCUCAGCGUCUCUAAAGCAACCAUGUACGUGUGGCACGGCUGCAAGGCCCAGCUCCACACCCGCAACGUGGGGUGCACUGCCGCCGACAAGAUCAAAGAACAGUGUCCGUUGGAGGCAGGGCUCCACAGCAGCAGUAAGGUGACCAUCCAUGAGUGUGAUGAGGGGGCGGAGCCUACGGGAUUCUGGGAAGCUCUGGGAAGGAGAGAUAGGAAGGCCUACGACUGCAUGCUCCAAGAUCCAGGGAAGUUCAACUUCACCCCUCGUCUCUACCAGUUGAGCAGUACGUCUGGAGAGUUUGUUGCAAUGGAGUUCUUCUACCCAGCCAGAAUAAUGGAGGAGGUCAACUCACUGCCCUUCCUACAGGAGGACCUCUACACUGCCUCUCAACCAGCCCUCUUCCUGGUCGACAACCUCCACGAGGUCUACCUGUGGCAAGGCUGGUGGCCCCAGGACAGCGAGAGCCCUGGCUCUGCCCGCAUCCGCUGGGACGCAGACAGGAAGUGUGCCAUGGAGACGGUGCUGCAGUACUGCACAGAGAAGAAUGAGAAGACGCCACCCAAGGCGUAUCUGAUCCAUGCGGGACUUGAACCUCUAACCUUCACCAACAUGUUUCCAUGCUGGGAACACAGAGAGGACAUAGCUGAGAUCACUGAGAGGGAGGCAGAGGUUUGUAACCAGAUAAUUCUGGUAGAGGAUGUGUUGGCACGGCUGUGUAAGACCACCUACCCCCUGGCAGACCUGCUGGCACGGCCCCUACCCGAGGGAGUCGACCCCCUACGCCUGGAGAUCUAUCUAGACAAUGAUGACUUUGAGGGUGAAGGGGCUUAUGGGAAGAAAGCUCUGGAGAUGUCGAGGGAUGAGUAUGAGGUGUUGCCAGGUUGGAAGCAGGUGAACGUGAAGAAAGCCAAAGGAUUGUUUUAGUACGUUGGACAGAAGGCUUGACCACCGGAUGACAUCAUCAGCAAGCGACAGUCAGUACAUCGUGGUUCAGUUGUAACAGGAGCCCGCCACUGAGAACUCUUUAAUUUAACAUUUCACCCCUUCAUCUCCGGACUGGAGAGGGCUUGGGAACACACUUCUGAGAACCCUACCCUGGUUGGAGGGAGGGAAGAGGAAGAGAGACGCAGUGGUGGAAGGAGUGAGGAUCAACAGAGUUGUGCCAGACUCGUGUAUAGUUUUCUUCUUUUCUUUUAUUUGUAUGUGUUACCAGUUUUGUUUUGUAAUUCUAAAUGUAGGUAGUUCAGAGGUGUGCGAGUGAAUGUUGAGUUGAGGUUUGUAAUGUGUCGGCACCCGGCUUUUUAAAUCCACACUGUGUGUGUGCGUGCUCGUGCGUGCUCGUGUGUGUGCGUGCUCGUGCUCGUGUGUCUGUUUGUAUGUGUGCUUGCGUGCUCGUGUGUCUGUUUGUGUGUGUGCUUGCGUGCUCGUGUGUCUGUUUGUGUGCUUGUGUGCUCGUAUAUCUGUAUGUGUGUGGGUGUGACCAUGCAUUUACAGUAUCGCCUGUACAGCAGUUUGUCUGCGAGCAGGAGAACCACUCUGUUUGACACACCCCAAACAGACUCUCUGCAAGCUGUUCUUUGUGCAUUUGUGCAUUAGAAUAAAUCAUUUAUAUUUGUAUUUACUCCAUAUUAGGAAUAAAAAGCCUUUUGAGUAUUGUCUGUGAGAUAAGAAAUUAAAUGCAUUGUAUUGUUAUUCAUGUUGAGGUUGUCAUAUGUUGAUAAGUAGUUGGACAAUAAUGCUCCUUUCCCAAGAGACUGUACAUGUUGCCAUUUUUUUGCAUCUACUACAUUCUGAAGUGUCUGUCAUUGCUAGGCUGUCCUGCAUCAUUCAGGUGCUCAGAUUGAAGAGAAUUGUUGUAUUUUACAGGCAUGAAUUUAAAGAAUCUUAUAAAUUCAACAUUGUAUAGUGCCUUGCUUUUAUGUACAGUUUAUAUAUAGAACAGUAUUAGUCUGUGUUUUAAAGACUAUCUUUGUGAUAUAAAGGAUAUUAGAGAAAUAAACAUUGAAAUUAAAUCUAA